UUCGAUUUGAUUAAUAAAUUGUGCAGUAACACAAGCAGCCCCGCUCGCUGUACGGUGCGUUUCAGCCUUCAAAUAAACAAGCGGCCGGGCGAGGCGAAGGAGGAGGAUAAUGAGUAUAUAAAUAAGCCCUGUGCUGCGUGGACUGGGAGAAGAAUAACUAAGAGGUUGUGCUAAACUUUUAAAAUGAGUUUGCGGGGUUGAAAUGGGAUGGCCACAUGGCUCUUACCGCCUCCUUCCCUCCACCAAAGAUGAGGUGCUAGUGUAAAAAAUUGCGUGCGUAUAGAGGGAAGGAAGGAGGGAGAGUGAAGGUGAGGACUUAACGGUGGUCUGAUCUUUUUUGGACACCACCUUCUGCUCGGAAAAGAUCAGAAGAGGCAGAAGUGGAUGUGAGAGACAGACACACACAGAGACACAGAGAGCGAAAGAGGGCAAGAGACUUGACUUUAAGAGACUCCUGCACUGACAACUCCAUGCAGUUCGGAACAAGAACGGCAGCGACCGACUCUGGUUUCAUGGGGACAUGGCAGAACACUGACACUAACCUCUUAUUCAGAAUGUCCCAACAGGCCAUCCGUUGUACACUGGUAAACUGCACGUGUGAAUGUUUUCAACCAGGGAAGAUUAACCUGAGAACCUGUGAUCAGUGUAAACAUGGCUGGGUGGCACAUGCCUUGGACAAGCUUAGUACUCAGCACCUCUACCACCCAACCCAAGUGGAGAUUGUGCAGUCCAAUGUUGUGUUUGACAUCAGCAGCCUGAUGCUCUAUGGUACUCAAGCUGUGCCUGUGAGACUGAAGAUACUACUUGACCGACUCUUCAGUGUACUGAAGCAAGAGGAAGUAUUGCAUAUUCUACAUGGCUUAGGCUGGACACUUCGAGACUAUGUUCGAGGCUACAUCCUUCAGGAUGCUGCAGGCAAGGUGCUGGACCGCUGGGCCAUCAUGUCCAGGGAAGAAGAGAUCAUUACCCUUCAGCAGUUCCUGAGAUUUGGAGAAACCAAAUCCAUUGUGGAGCUGAUGGCAAUUCAAGAAAAAGAAGGACAGGCUGUGGCUGUGCCAUCUUCAAAGACAGAUUCAGAUAUAAGGACUUUUAUUGAAAGCAAUAAUCGCACCAGGAGCCCGAGUCUCCUUGCUCACCUGGAGAAUAGCAACCCUUCCAGCAUUCAUCAUUUUGAAAACAUCCCAAAUAGCCUUGCAUUCCUGCUUCCAUUCCAGUACAUAAAUCCAGUCUCUGCUCCGUUGCUGGGGCUACCUCCAAAUGGCCUCCUACUGGAACAGCCGGCAAUGAGGCUCCGUGAACCAAGUCUUACGACCCAAAAUGAAUAUAACGAAAGCAGUGAAUCUGAAGUUUCCCCUACUCCUUUCAAGAAUGAGCAAACAUCCAGCAGGAAUGCUUUGACCAGCAUCACAAAUGUUGAGCCCAAAACUGAGCCAGCCUGUGUCUCUCCUGUUCAGACGCCUACACCUGUCAAUGAUUUAUCGAAAACAGAACACACUAAAAGCUCGUUCCGCAUUCAUAGAAUGAGGAGAAUGGGGUCAGCCUCCAGGAAAGGAAGAGUGUUUUGCAAUGCAUGUGGCAAAACUUUCUAUGACAAAGGUACUCUUAAAAUCCACUACAAUGCUGUUCACCUGAAAAUCAAGCACCGGUGCACUAUUGAGGGCUGCAACAUGGUCUUCAGCUCUCUCAGAAGCCGCAAUCGCCACAGUGCUAACCCAAACCCCCGCCUCCACAUGCCAAUGCUAAGGAAUAACCGUGACAAAGAUUUAAUUCGUGCUACAUCAGGUGCCGCCACUCCAGUCAUAGCAAGUACCAAAUCCAACCUAACUUUAACAAGCCCUGGGCGUCCACCAAUGGGGUUUACCACUCCCCCUCUAGAUCCUGUAUUACAGAACCCUCUUCCCAGUCAACUGGUGUUCCCAGCUUUAAAGACUGUCCAACCUGUUCCUCCUUUUUACAGAAAUUUACUUACUCCUGGAGAGAUGGUGAGUCCGCCAGCCUCACUCCCUACAAGUCCAAUAAUACCAGCAGUGAGUGGAAUGGAACAGCAUCCCCCUCCUCCUUCCGAGUCAUCAGUACCAUCAGUGCUGAUGCCCACCCCAGAGCCUAAUGCUGACCUUGCCCCAAAGAAAAAGCCAAGGAAGUCAAGUAUGCCAGUUAAAAUUGAAAAGGAGGUUAUUGAUACUGCUGAUGAGUUUGAUGAUGAAGAUGAAGAGGUGAAUGACAGCAGCACGAUGGUGAAUGAUAUUGGUCAUGACAAUCACUGCCAUUCUCAGGAGGAAAUGAGCCCAGGCCUGUCUGUGAAAGACUUUUCCAAAAGUGACAGAAGCAGAUGCAUUUCCAGACCAGACAUAAGAAGGGCAGAUAGCAUGACAUCAGAAGACCAAGAGCAUGAAAGAGACUAUGAAAAUGAGUCAGAGUCAUCAGAGCCCAAAUUGUGUGAGGAAUCCAUGGAAGGUGAUGAUCGCCUCCAGGAACCUGGUGAAAAAUCUAUGAUGCACAGUGACAGACCAGAUGAAAAUCACCAUGACUCCUCCAAUCAGGAUGUCAUUAAGGUGAAAGAAGAGUAUACAGACCCUACCUAUGAUAUGUUCUACAUGAGCCAAUAUGGACUGUACAAUGGAGGCAGUGCCAGUAUGGCUGCCCUUCAUGAAAGUUUUGCUUCUACAUUCAACUACAGCAGCCCUCAGAAGUUCUCCCCAGAAGGUGAAAUGUGUUCCAGUCCAGACCCCAAGAUCUGCUAUGUAUGCAAGAAAAGUUUCAAGAGUUCCUACAGUGUGAAGCUUCACUAUAGAAAUGUUCAUUUGAAAGAGAUGCAUGUCUGCACAGUGGCUGGCUGUAACGCUGCAUUCCCAUCACGGAGAAGCAGAGACAGACAUAGUGCUAACAUAAACCUACACCGUAAAUUGUUGACCAAAGAACUGGAUGACAUGGGCCUGGACACCUCACAGCCUUCUCUUAGUAAGGACCUCCGUGAUGAAUUUUUGGUGAAGAUAUAUGGCGCUCAGCAUCAGAUGGGACUCGACAUAAGGGAAGACACCUCCUCACCUGCUGGUACUGAGGACUCCCAUAUGAAUGGGUACGGCAGAGGCAUGUCAGAAGACUAUAUGGUCCUAGACCUGAGCACCACCUCCAGCAUACAGUCCAGCAGCAGUAUCCAUUCCUCAAGAGAAUCUGAUGCAGGAAGUGAUGAGGGCAUUCUCCUGGAUGAUGUUGAUGGGGCAAGUGACAGCGGGGAAUCUGCCCACAAAGCAGAUGCCCCUGCCUUAGCUGUAGGUAUGGGCACCGAUGUCCCAGGAUCCCUCAUGUUCAACAGUGUUUCGGUGAGCAAUGGUGGGAUAAUGUGUAACAUUUGCCACAAAAUGUACAGUAACAAAGGAACCCUCAGAGUGCACUAUAAAACAGUGCACUUGCGAGAGAUGCACAAAUGCAAAGUCCCUGGGUGCAACAUGAUGUUCUCCUCUGUCCGUAGCCGAAACCGGCACAGUCAGAACCCCAAUCUGCAUAAAAACAUUCCCUUUACUUCAGUAGAUUAGUUCAAGGAUGGACAGAGCAUAAUGCCAGCUCUCAGAGAGGGCCCACAAUAUCUGAACUGCCAUAUACAGUCUCCCUUUAUAUAUAUAUAUAUAUAAAUAUACAUAUAUAUAUAAUCUUUUUCUUUUCUUUUUAACAAAAGAAAGAAACACCAGGUGCUUUUUCCCCUUUGUUGAUUGUUGGUUUAUUUUUUCCCUUUGUUUUGGGAUAGAAACAAAAAGAUGGGAUCUUUAAUUCGGAGGGAGAAACACUUUAUGAAAAAAGCAAGCAAAAACAAAAAACAAGCCCACAGAAAACUUGCAGUUGUCCCUAGUUCUGUUAGAAUGUUCUUGGUCAUCUCCAAAGAGACAAUUUGUUCUACCCAUGACUUUUGCCUGAAAAAAAAGAACAAAAAAAACAACAAAAAAAUUGCAAACAAACAAAAAGAGAAAAAAAAUCUACUUAGUUGUCUUUGUGUCUUCUAAGCAUUGGGGAUAACGUUCUACUAAGCAUGGCUGUUACACUUGUAUAUAUAUAUGGAGCCUUGACAGGCCUAUGAUGUAAAACAAUUGUAUUGAUGGUGGUUUAACUCUUAUUUUUUUGCUUAAUUUUUACAGUUACUUUCAGCUGUUAGAUAAGCAGGAAAAGUAGUUUGCUGGCUAGUUCUACUCAUUUAUGUUAGCUUUAAUGCACAUUUUUAAAAGAACCACGGUCUUGUUUUGACUACCUGCUAGAUAUAAGUAAUACAGAGGUGCUGGCAUGCUUCACAGUACCUGAUCUGAUACAGUUUUUUUGUCUUGUACUAUUACAUAAAUCCAGUCAUGCACUUUUUCGUACACUACAAGGGGAUGUGUAAUAAUAUCCAUGCUUUUUUUUUUGUUAAACUAUUGCCAUAUUUUCAGUAAGUGUCUUUAAAAAAAAUACACUUAGAUAAAAGUGGUCUGGUCAGUAUGAGGGCAUGAAUGCCAAACAAAGAGUAUUAGUGUUUAGUGUUAAUACAAAAGUGCCAACUUUGCACACAUUUUGAAAAAUGAAAUUGUAGUUAUUCACCGUAAACACAGUUGUAGCUUUUGGACUAAAGGAAGAAAUACUGGGGAGGGAAAAGGGGUAAAGUGAAAUACAAAAUUCUUGGUGCUUUUUUCAAGUGCCAGUUAUUACUAGAAACAAUAGUGCAUCCUUAUUCCUUAUGUACUACAUUACACAAAAGGAAAAAAAACCAAAAUCAUGUCACGUGUGAAUCAGUGGAAAUUUUUUUUUGUCAAACAUGCAUAAUAUUUGGGGAUAUAAAUGCUGAUACUACUUGUCACAGAACAAAGAUGAAUAUAAUUUUGUGUGCUUCUUACUAUGGCCUGGAUUUUUUGUGGUGUUUUUUUUAAAAAAAAGGAACAGGGAAAUAACGUUAACUAUGUUGUUCUGUAAAGUUGUCUUUUUUGCAAUGGAAAGUGCUGUCGUAUGAUUAAGGCAUGUCUUAUAGAAGAAAGCAAAAGAAAAUAAUGGCAGAAGCACUUAGAAACUCUGAAAACAUAUGCUGGACUUUUUAUUGGGUAACUUUCCCUUUGGUUAAAAUUGAAGGCCAGAAAAAAAAGAUCUCUACAUGUGUUAAUGUUUUAUGUUUCACCCACAUGGUUUGUGAGAAAAUAACAAAAGUCUAAGAAAGAUAGUGAGCAAGAGGGCGAGCAUGAACAGAAGAGGGAGAAGGAGCAAGCAGCUGAGAAAGAGAGAAAGAAAGGAUGUCCUCUGAAUAGUUUAAUUUCCGGUGUUUACACAUGUUGCUUGAGCUGGUAAACCACACUGGCAGCUUUAUUUACCACAACGUACUGGCCGAGUGAUGGUAUUUACUUAAGUUCAGUCUACAGCCAAAACCAUUAGGGUGUGUGCUGUAUACUCUUUUAUUUAUAAAAACAAUAACAAUAAUAAAAUCAAAAUACACAAACAAACAAAAACACAAGGGCUAUUUCAGCAUACAAUAAAAUAUCCCUUCAGUGAGAAUGUGUUCCUUUUCUGUAUUUACUGACCCAGAACAUUAGUCUUCUUAGCCGAGAGUUAGAAAAGCUCCAUUGUUUCAGCUUGUCAUUGUUUUGAUUUGCUGUGCAUUUUGAUUAUUUUUACCUUUAUGUCCACUUGAGUACUCAAAUCUUGUUAACAUUUUGUAGAGGAAGCUCUUAAUAUGGAUUUCCUCCUUUUCAGUACCCUUUAUGCAUUUCAGUAUUCUUAUUUCCAAAAGUAGGAAUCAAUAGCUAAUAAAUCAGUAUUUCCAGUUAUAGAAAAUAAAAGAAAAAUCUUUCUAAAUGAGUUUUCACUAUGUUCCUAAAUUACAAACCUCUGAUCAUUUUUUGAUACUGUACACUGAUGAAGCCCUACAAACAUUUGUGGAUUCCACAGAAAGUGUAAGGAAUAUUUACCACCUGGUUUAACAAAAAGAAACAUUAUAGUAAAAUGCUAAGCAAUUUCGCUGACUUUUUUUCUUUGGUCUUUUUUAUUUUUCUUCAAAGUCUCAAACACUUUGCCUUGUUAUAUUGAGUGGAGAGAUCUACACCACUUUGUUGUAUGUUGUGAAAGCUCAGUGUGUUUGUAAGUGAGGGAAAUUAGAACAGUAAAGGUGCAUUUUUCUAAAACACAUGGGCCUUUGUAGUGUUAUCUGUACUGCACUCCCAUCCCUCCUCCCAAGCUCUUAGGAACAAGCAAGAUGGAAAGUCGAAAAAAUAAAACAACGAAAAAUGAAUAAUACCUACAGAAAGAAAAUCCCACAGCUUUGUAGUACGUGUGGCAUAAAUAAAUAUAAUUUCUAAUGAAAAACACAUUUAAGCUAUAUAAUUCCUCACUGAAUUAAUUACUGUUUUGCAUUCUCAUUUCACUCUGUUUCUGUUAGAGGUCAAAUGGUUUUGGUAAACUUGUUUGGAAACUUAAACAUCAUCAGUAGAUAAAUUCAGCAGAUGAAUUGCAUAGGAAAAAAAAUCUGUUUAUUAUACAAAAUGAAACAGGAUGUUCUAAAAAAUAAAGAAGGAGGGGCAAACCUCCAACAACUGUUAGAAGCUCUGCAAUUCUACUUUUAUGGCAUCCUAAAUGUCAGUCGAAUUUUGCUUAAGCUAUGUAGGACAUAUCAUCUCCAUCUUGUGGACAGGAUAUUGCUCACUGUUAUUUCUAGGUGAAUCAAGUGCUUUAUUCAGUGGAAGUGAUAUUAAUGUCAGAACAGUCUUUGUUUUACAAGGACACAUACACUUACACUGAAUUGAAUGGCAUUUCCCUCCUUCCUACUUAACAUGCAUCUCUAUGAGAACCUGUGUUUAUCACAAUUGUUCCUGUAGUGGAAUUUGUAUCAUUGAAGUUAUCUGAAAAAUCCUUAUAAAGGUUGUUUGGUAGAAGUUUGGUUUUACUGACAGAAAGUAACAUUUCUGGGUGAUCUCAGCAGUGACCCAGACUGCAAUAAGCAUAACAACCAAACGUUUCAUGUGUCCAGCACAGGGCAUAUCUGUGAUGAUGAGACAACAAGACAAGUAUUGUGCAGUUGCUUAUGCCAUCAUAAACCUGUGGUGAUCGCUUCAGUUUCCAAACCUAUCAGUCUAAAGCUUUUUACAAGAAUUAGACCAACUUUGAGGGAGAGACUCUUUGUUUUACACAGACUUCAUUCCUUCUUGUUUGGUUCUUGUAGUUAUUAUGGUCGUUCUUCUCAUGUUGUUUCACUGUUACAUUUAUUCAAUGUAGUUGUAUUUUUGUGUAAAUAUCAAAAAGGCUUUGUCUACUUUUAGGAAAUAAGUCUUCAUACUGAUCCUUCUUUAGAAACAGAACUAAUUGCCUGGAGGUUGUUAGGGAUUUUUCUUUGUUUUGGAGAGGGGAGGUCAGGAAAGCAAGUGAUACUGGUUAAUCACUAGAUAUCUGUUGAAAACUUGUAUGAAACAAUUUGGAAAGAAAACAGCACAAAGUACAAGAAUGGAAUCCAGGAACUUAAUUUUAAUACCACUGUUGGCUCUUUCUCACUCUUUACUGUUGGACAGAUGACAUAACUUAUUUGCUUGUGUUUCAGUCUGUUAAAAUAUGGCUAAUGCUAAAAUGAUCUUCCCCAUAAUGGUGCUCCUGUGAGGACUAAUUAGCUGGUAUUAGUAAAGAGCUAAUUUAAGUCAUAAAUAUUUUUGCACACCUUACAAUAUUUUUCUGAGCUAUAUCUCAACAGUUUGUUAUGGCUGAGAUUUUAACUUUGCUUCUUAAACUGCAGCUGGCUCCAUGGUGACACUGUAGUCAUACACACAAAAUAUAAGCACUCUGUCACUGAGACGCAACUCAAUUUGACAAAAUGUGGAAAGUAUAGAUUAAAAAGCCUAUUAGCACAUACACGCUGCUCAUAAAGAUCUCUCAAAGGCUUUUCAUGACUGAUCUCAUAAAAUUUGCAUGUUUCCUAGGGAUCUGUAGAUACUUCAUACAGCAGAAAUUGUGCGCCAUAUUUGCUGUGAGUAAACUUCAAUCUAUAUCCUUCCUUCCUUCCUUCCUUCCUUCCUUCCUUCCUUCCUUCCUUCCUUCCUUCCUUCCUUCCUUCCUUCCUUCCUUCCUUCCUUCCUUCCUUCCUUCCUUCCUUCUCUUCCUUCCUCCCUCCCACCUUUCCUCCCUCCAUUCCUUCCUUCUUUGCUUCCAGAGCUCAGAUACAUAGUGAUUCAAGUUCUGAUCUGUUCCAAAGAUAGGAACCAUUUACAAGACCAGAGAUGUAGUUCAAAAAACUUGUCCUUCAAUGCAUAUGAUAUUUUAAGAUCAAAGUAUUUGGUUUGGACUCAUUUUUCAGAGGGUCUUUAGGAAUGUCAGCUGCCACCAGAAAAGGGGACAUCUUUUCAGAAAUGUGUUUUUACUCAAAUUCUGCAGGACAUUUUUACAGCAUCAUUGGUAACAGGGGAAGGAGUAAGGGAGGGAAAAUGUUUGGGACAGGAGCGCACACAUACUCCUCUGAAUUUUUUGUGCCAGUUAUGUGAAUAGAACUAUUACUCCUUCUUCUGUCCCUGAGGUGUUUUUGUCACUUUUCUUUUGGGGUUGUGUUAACAGAAUUACUGUUUUUUUAUUUCAAAAGAGAAGCAAAGGUAUCUGUACUAAGGGCAAGGAGGUAGCAGGCAUUCUCUGUGGGGAAAACAUGAGUGGCAGACAUAUAAUGGCAGCUGGUAUAUGUCAGUUCCUACUUAGGUUUGAGGUUUUUUUUUUUCCUUAUGUCACUACUUUGCUGCUAUAGUAACUCAACAAAACAGUGACUGUAGUGCUACUUUGCUAGAUAAGCAUCAGCAUAUCCUGCUGUCACCACAUGAUGAGUUGGGCUUUUUUCCCCCUCCUGUACGGACAUAAAAGGAACUCUUUUCCAUACUCAUUUCUAGUUUAUGAACAAAGCAACAUCAUAUGAUGGACUGAACCUUUCACCCACGUUUGCCCAAGUACAUGUCUGUUCCAGUUCCAUGGUUUCUGUCUCUUCUUGCCAAGCAGCAUUAUCACUGCCUAGAAAAUGGCCUGUAACAGACUGAAGCAGCAACUUUUUUACAUAUUAUCUUGAGUCUGUAGUUAACCAGUCUUAUGUAGCUUGUUUUCUUUGAUCAAGUCAUGAUAUUGAAUGACAGCUUUGAUUUUUUGAUCAAGAUAUUGAUCAUGUUUAUCUCAAUACUGUUGCUGUUAUGUUUGGCACUGGCACUGAAAGGAAAACAAUUCUGGACCAUGAAAGGGUUAAAAAAUGGACAUGUUUUUGACAAGUCCUCUGACUUUUGCCAGUAUUAUUGUUCAUUAUGAUGACACUGUAUUUUUUUUAAAUAGCAGCUGUAGUUGUCAUAAAACUAUUUUCCCAUUCCUCUCCUUUAAAGUGUGAUGUUGUAAAUUCAUGUGACCUUUCCUGCAAAGAAUAAAUAUUUCUUUUUUUAUAUAAGAUCUCAAGACAAGGCUUGGUUUGUAACAAAUAGUGGCCCAUUACAAAGCAGGAAAAAAACCUGAGCUGAGCAGAAAGAAGCUUCAGUUCAAUUUCACCUCAUAUCUUUCUAAUAACUUACUUGUCACUUUAUUACCUUCCAGUAAUGUGAAUGCUGCUGACAAGACUGUCACACUAACAGCAGACAACACCCUCUCUUCCUUAGCCCCAGCUCUCCUGGCUACUUAUUGCACUGGCCCUGAAGGGACACAAACUAAUAGUGUGCUUUCAAGUUCAGCACUUGGCCAUCAAAUAUAAAAGGAUGCGUAAUUGCCUGUUUAUCCCCAGUGAAGAGGAAAUUGAGUAUAAGAACCGGGCUUUCCCUCCUGGUUACUUCACACACACAUGCAUGCACACGCACGUAUCUGCAGUGAGUGAAGGUAAGUCCCAUCUGGAGUGCUUCGAUUUGUCUUUGGGAACCCCAAGGCUGCCACUGGCUGCUCUAUCGAGCUAUCAGGCAGACAGUAACAAGAUGACUUCUUAACAAAAGGUCAGCUGAGAAAUACUGUCUGUGAUGGCACUUUUGUCUGCUUAUGUAGCAACUAAUUGCUUUGUAUUGGCAUAAGCCAUACUGUGCCUUCUAGAAAUAGUUGUGUGAAUUUUCUGCGGGUCUUGUUGCAUAGGUUCAUUGGCAAUCAGGGUAUGCAGCCUUUUCUUUUUCUGAUUCAGCCCAUCUUGGCAAAUUUCAGAGCGAUGCCAUCCUCUCAAGUUCUUAUAACAAAUGCCAGUAUCAGAUAUCCUUUCUGUCAUAACAAGAACAUCUGCUGAGGUCAGUGUGAACCUCUGUAGAGUGUUAGGGAAAUGUAUCUGAGACACAAUCUGCUGCCCUUAUAUCAGGAAAUUUUUUUUCAGAUUUAUCCCUUCAUUUACAAGAACACCGCCAAGCAUACAGGCUCCGGAAGCACUUCUCAGAAGAGUCCAUCAGGAGAGAUAGAGUUUGACAGCAAAGUAGGUUGGGACCAUGUGCUCUCUUUUAAGAAAUUCCAAGUGUAUGAAGGCCCAUAUACCCAGCUUCAGCCAUUUCCCUUCUGUUUUAUUGUACACUGACUGCUGAAUAGCAGUUGAAAAUUCAAGUAGUAGGAGGAGCAACUGAAGCAUGCUUUCCUUGCAGGGUCAGCAGUGUUCCCUUGCUAAGAUCAUAACACCAGAUCCUAUGUCUGCUUGUGAGUUCUGGGCACUAUGGGUUGAACAGUGCUUGUGGGCUGUGCAGCACCAAAGAAUGAAAAAAUGGGGUUCAGGCAAAGCCAAGACUGGGGCACCUAAACGCAGCCAUUUGGAAGUUCACUAUUUUUAAUAUCCUUGCAUCAAUUCAUGGCAUUCAUGGGUUGUGAGUCCUCUUUGCUGGUUCUAUGCUAAUACUAGCACUACGUGGUAAUUUGAUAUUUGCUGCAACAGAGGUGAUGGAAUGCACUGUAAAUAUGCUGAGGCCUUUUUACCACAAAGCUCACUGAUCGUUUCUCUCACUUUUUCUUCCGAGUGUAUCUGAAGCUGUAAGGGUGAAACCAUCAGACAACUUCCUUAGGCCUGUUUGUUUCAGAAGUGUAAAGCCUGAGCCCAGAUUCUGCUCCCCUGUCAGCUCCGUGUGCACGUGGCAUUCAUGAAGGUGGGAGCAGCCAGGUUAGCUGACCUAUGAUGAUGAGCUUGGGCAAGCCUAGCCGCUUUUCUUGCUGUACCAUUUCUGAGGCUGUUUAUGGAAACUGAGGACUUUUCUGAUUAAAGAAACCAUCUGGGUCCUGUCUCCGUGUGUGUGUGUGACUGACAGACAGACAGAGAGUGAAAGAGAAACAGACACAGUUUUAGAACAAAGAAAUGGGCAAUAUUAUACCAUUUUCAUCACACUUACUGAUAUAUAUUUCCUCCUGUGUACGUACGGGCAUGAGAAUCAUGAAUGAGCAAAUGUCUAAUGCGCAGAGAAAUUUAUUCAGAUGUCCUACAGAUUUCAUACACUGCUUCAUUCAAACAUUUGGUGAAAAAUAUUUUAGGAAAAUGGAAAAAAGCAUCUAGGGCAAUUAUGUUUCUAGAGAAGAAAGAGAGAGCAAGACUAGCUAAGUGAUGCAUAAAGAUUUUAUAAGGCAUCCGUUGUCAAACAAAAGGUUGAGAAUGAUCAGAGGAUAAUGCACAGUUAGGAUGGCAAACUCAUCAAUAGUUAAUCACAACCUGUCCACUUCUGUUAUGAAAUGCAAGAGGCUGUGAACAGCGGCGCUGGGGGACCAGUGGCACUUCUGCACAGGCGCGUGUGUGUGCCUGAGUGGGGGAGCAUUACGCAGUCACAGCGUCCACCUCAAGACUUUGAUGCACAAUCUGCACCCUUGUCCUCUCCUCCCCUUGCAAAAUUCGGCAUUGAUGUGUCAGCAUACAUCCCCCCAAUCACCACUGUGAAACGGUACAGUAGCCACACGGAUUGUGAUUCUAGGGAAGUUCUUCUUAGUUUACCCAAUGACCUACAGAAUGAAUAGAGUCACUUAAGCUGCAUACCAACUAAGGCUGAUUUCUUCAUUAUUUGUCAACCAUACUUUUGCAUUUGGAUUACUGUUUUUGUUUUUUUUUUUAAUUAACCCUUGCACAAUCCAGUUAUUCUCUCCAUUUUCUCAUUUUCUUCACUUGUCCCCACUCAUUCUCCUCUCAUUCCAAGAAAGUCUCUUAUUAAAGUUCUCUCAGAAGAGUAACACAUCCUCCCUAUGGUCUCCAUUUUGGAAAUUUUUAUGCACUCCACCCAUGAAAAUGGUCACAGUUUGUAAAGUGACAAGAUGAAUAAAAUGGUCACUGUUGUAUGCGUGUCUCAUUUAGCUAUUUCUAAACAUGGAAUUCAGCAUGCUGUUUUUUCUUGUGCAAACUUUGGUUCCUGUGUCUUAUGGGCCUCCUUUACCUAUAAAAUAGCUAUUUCUUUAUGGGCAGCAUUUCUGUUCUCAGUUCUUGCCUCUCCUCCAAUCUAUAAAGAAAGUGGUCCAUCUUCCAAUGUAAUGUAUGUGUGACAGGUGUGUAAGUAAGCUGUCCUGAACUCUGAACACAUUCAAAAUUUACCGUGGCUGAAGCACCACACUUUUUCUUACUGCAAGCAGGUCACAGCAACCUGUUUGUACCUACGAAUAUCUCACUGUAGCAGGCUUACACCUGCGGCCAAAGGGGUCUGGAGUUUCUUUGUUUAAUGGAAGAUUCUUGCUCACUGCUACGGUUGUUUUUUUAACAGCUUUGACUGAGAAGGUCACAUGGGCCGAGAAACAUGGCAAUCUCCUGUUGUAGCCGUCUGCUCUGUUUCAGUUCUCCUGAGCUGGAAAGAUGGAAACCUGACUGGGGGUUCACACAAAGAUGUAAACUAGGAUAAACUGGAUUUGAACCUUCAUGGAUUUGAGAGUCUUUAGGGGCCUGGCAGCAGUUUCAGUCACAGAGGCAAAAAGCCUGGAACCCCCCGAUCUCACUGGGCAUGGGAGGGCUCACAGUCCAGCUGCAUCCCCACCCCACGCUGCUCACCAAUCCACCAGCCACAGUGGGGGUCUGCUGCAUGGAAAACAGCAAGCUUGCUGCUGAAUUGAAGCUAGGCUUAUUCCAGUGCAUUUUCUCAGAACGUUUUCCUGGGGCACGCUCCCCAACCCCAAGGUGCAAGAAAGUAUGGAGUCAGGACCUGACGGACAUUUUUACAAAGGUCCUUCUCCGUUCAGUAUAGAUGUGGCUUCUUAGUUUCACUGUUUCUCAGUGUGAGCAAAACCUGAAUGCUCCACUGUUCUGCCUGCAGAACCAAAGCAUGCACUAUGGAAUAUGUCUGUACAAGGGGAUAUGAAAAACUGCAUCAUGUUGCUCUAAUAAUUGUGACAUUGGUAGCUUCAUAAAUACUGUAUGUACUCUAAACAAGUUUUUUCCAUUAGUCGUCUGAGGGAAUUAAAAGUCCUGUUUUUAAUUUGACAUUUCUUUUCUUGUGUUUUCUGUACUGUAACUGUCCUACAGUAUGUCUUUUGCAUAAAAUGCAUAAGGUUUUGGGGAUAUAAAUGGAGUUUUACUCAUACUUUGUCCAAAUACCUCUUGUAAUUUGUAUCAAAAUUCUUGUACAAUUUUUAUAUUAAA